AUGAGUGAUGCCUCAAAUGCGGCAUCGUCAAGCACAUCAUCAAAUGUCACUUCAAGUAUAACGCGUGACAGGGCUGGAGAGGCUCCUGGGCGGCAGUCCUACAGCAAUGGUCGGGGAGCUCCAAAGAGGGGCCAGCGAAGACCUUUCAACGGGCAGUCAAGCUUCGCAAAGAAGAAGCCGCUGCGCCCCUCGGAAGACUCUGCCAUUGCGCUCUUCAAGGAUGUCGUCAGCCCAGAAGCCAAGGGGGCGGCAUCGCAGUCGUCUCCCCUCAGCGAGCUGGAGAUCGCAGCCAAGAUCAAGGAGCUGUCUGUCAAAGACAUGGACGCUCUUGAGAAGCUGCAAGUCUUCCAGACGAGCAUCAGUCCGCAUCUUGACAAGUUCUGCGGACAGCUGCCCAAGCACCUACUCCUCUCGUCGACUCAAUUCCUCGACAGGAUGUGCGACGAGAUUGUCGAGCGUGGGUACACCGGCCACGGCGUUGAGCUAUCUCAACUCUACAGCAGUCUGGGGAAAGCCGAUCUCGAUGUGAGGAACCAGCUCGUCCUAAAUGUCUGCCGCGCCCUCAUUUUCGAUAAGAGAGACUCGGCGGGCCGCGGCGCCUUGUUGAAUGAACUUACUGGCUUGUGGCAGCACAUUUCCCAACUUCGCCGCAGGAGCCAGGAGCAUCUGCCAUUGAAGUUUGUCUUUCCCUCAUUUCAAGAUGUCCGGCAAGAUAUCGCCGAGGGCAAAGCGACCAAUACUCACCUUGAUCCCACAACCAGGGCCCUAGCUGCUCUCUUCCUGCAAUUCAGCCCGGACCAGGCCCGCGAUAUCAUGCCUGGACUCUUGGCCACUCUCGCUGUUCUCUCAGACUCGAGGCUCGUCAAAAAGGGGACGCACAUCAUGAUGAACCCUUUGCUGAGUGUGGUGGCCGUGGCCCUCGGCGGCAGAGAAGCUGUGACGGAAUCUUACAUCUCCGGAGUAUUUGACGAUCGCGUACGAUUCCCCUCGGCGAAGCUCUCUGAGAUUCAAUCCUACGUAACCCAGCAAUGGCCGCACGCCGCUAAAAUGAUACAUAAGCGCUCAGGCUCUUCAUCCAGUUUCACGACUUUGCACAGCCAGCUUCGAUCGGCAUACCUAGCCCGGGAUCAAACCUCCGUAAACUCCAUCUGGGAGGACUUCAAGAGCCGCCUGGACCGGAAACCAGAACUUGCUAUGCAACUGCACAACAAUGCUGAAUUCUUGGACUUUUGGGUCUUUGUCUGGUGUGCUAGCCGCCGUCCCAAGCAUCUGCAGGAGACAUUUGACCUUAUGCAGCGGCUGCGGAUACACCCGACUCUCAAGACUUAUACGGGCAUGAUGCACGGAUGGAAGACAUGCAAGGAUACAGAUCGCAUCGACGCGCUCUGGAAGAAGCUGGCAGGCUCCGGCCAGAAGCUCGACGCCCACAUCUGGACGGAGCGCAUCUCCAGUCUGAUCGAGGCUGGCAAGCCCCAAGCUGGCCUAGAAGCGCUUGCAGAGAUGCUCGCGCUGUGGAAGCAAGCAGUCCAGAAGAACGCCCCCCACACAGCUGUGCAGCCCACGAUUGAGGCUGUCAAUGCUGUCUUCAAGGGCAUCAUCCAGGUCGACCGCAAGGCCGCCUUCGAGGUGCUUGAAUGGGCAAGCCGUGAGCAGAUUCAGCCCAACAUCCGGACAUACAACAUCUUGAUCCGCCAUAGCUUCCGAGACGAUUCCCCCGACGAAGUGCAGUCGCUUCUAAAGGUCAUGUCGCAGCAAGGCAUCGAGCCGGAUGCAGCCACCUUCACCAUCAUCCUAGAGGAAGUAAUUGGCAGAAUGGGCACCGCAUCAGCAGCCGACCAAGUCGAAGCCGUGCAGCUCGUCUUCCAGGACAUCCAAAGCGCCGGGCUACGUCCCAACCUCGAAACAUACGGCAAGAUGCUCUACGCCGUAUCAUCACUCGCCAACGGCACCGACGAGGCCAUUGCCGCCGUGCUGACACACAUGCGCGCAGACGACUUCAAGAUCACGCCGCACAUGGUCACCAUCCUCAUCGAGCGCGCCCUGCGCCGCGAUCCGCCCGACAUGACGACUAUUGACGCUCUGCUCAUCGAGCACGGCUUCUCGCAUGUCAGCCAGGGCGAUCAGACCCUAUGGGAGCGCGUCAUGAGCGCAAACGCCAUCACUGGCAACACGGAGCGCGCAAUGGCCGUCUUUAACGAUUUGCACAAGGCUGGACGACCAGUUACCUCGUUGCCGUGCCUGACGGACCUACUAUGGGCGCUGUUGUCGGGUGAGAAACGUGACGAAGCGCGCCAUGUGGUGGAUGUGGUACUGGAUUACAAGACGAAGGACGGAGAUUGGGACGGCGACUCUAAGGAUGGGCGGUACUGGAAGCACCAUUUCUGGUUCUUGGCCGAAGAGGGGGGAUUGCUCGAGGGAAGAGAAGUGCCGGAUGUGUUGAGGGCGAAUUUGCGCGGGUGA